AUGCUCCUUCACCGUCUCAAUCAACUGCGAGAGGUAACGCUAUCACUGAGCAACAAAACCCUCGCAGACAUACCAGGAUUCCUAGGGUAUGGCCUUGGUGGCGUCUGCCAAAGAGCUGAGCACGCACAACAGCCCGGCGACAUUCUCCCGAAUUUGAAAUCAGUUGCCCUCAAACUCAAGCUCAGUUUCGGGGUCGGAAGCGGAGUUUGGUUCAGUAACUCCAUGUUACUCUGUCUCGCAAGCUUGUCAACAAGCCUUACCGAAAUUCAGGUUGUGGACGGCCACUUCUACGAUCUGAAUAAUGACGUCUACGGUUUGGGUGCAACUUUCCUGAAUCUAAACAAUCUCAUUCUCCGGAACGUCAGCAUCACAAGCAAGUGUCUUGGGGAGUUCCUCAGUUCUUUCCCCAACCUUUCGAGCUUCACACUACAGUCGAGCAUCAUUAGCCAUCCCUUGGGGCUUGCUCGGGUUGAAACGCCGCGUGGCGUUGUUCAUGGAUUGAAACGCCAUUACGAGGGCCUUCGGAAACUCUGCCUUGAGCUCGAUCCGAUGGCAGAUGAAGCGUGUCCGAAUGAUGAAUGUAUCACCACGUUGAAGGAUUUCGUCAAUUUGGAAGACCUGCAGAUCGACGCAUGGAGUAUUGACCACGAUGCCGAUGACAUCGACGACUCUGGGUCGGACAACGGCAAUGAGUUCGGCGGCGACGAUGGCCAACAGACCGCCAAAGUCCCGGCUCUACGGGCUUUGCCCGCUUCCCUGAAGCGGUUGUGCAUCAAGGGAGCAGACUCGGGCACCAUCGAACAGAGCAUAAAUUGGUUGAUGAUGAAUCUCAAAGACAGCCUGCCUAACCUAGAGGAGCUAGAGAUUUCUGGAGCCAUCAGUGUAACCUCGCAGGCCAGCGCAGCCAUGGAGAAACUUGGGAUCAAGUUUAGAUACUGCUGGGUAGACACGGUAGACACUGGAUGGUGA